AUGGACAAACAUUUCUUGUUGCUCUUAGCCCUCUUCUGCUGCAUUGUGGCGGUGAUACCACUGACAUGCAUUACAUGCCACCUCCGCACACAGACAGAUCGCUGUAGAAGAGGCUUCGGUGUCUGUGUUGCUAAGAAGCAGGAGACGUGCAUGAUCUUAAAGAUCUUCCAGGAUAAGACCCUCCAGUUAUCCUACCUGGUGUGUCAGAAAUUCUGCAGAGACUUGACAUAUGUCCGCAACAAUCGAACUUAUGUUCAUACAUGCUGCAACUACGAUUACUGCAAUUUUAAAAGUCUAAAAUAUUUUUUCUCCUGA